CUUUACCUUAAGUCCAGAAUCUGCUGUAUUGCAGACUGGCACUCCCUUACCUACACGCACUUUGCACGGCCCUAGCGCCGUUCUGCUCGUUAGCUACCUCUGUUUAACAGAGUAGCACAGCAGUUUCCAUCACUUCUGCCAUCGUGCAAAGCUUUCCAAAGAUGUCUGCCGACGCUGAUGUCAACCUGGUGAUUCGGAUUGAGGAGGUCAGCUCGAAGGUGGCUGAGCUGCCUGAGACCAAGGCUUCUGCUGAGCUCAUUGCCAAGCUCGCUGCUGGCGAUGCCGCGGUUGCGUCGGAGCUGGCUGCCCACCUGAAGCAGGCCGGCGCCAAGGGCUUCGGUGCCACCCAGGAUCUGAAGGCUGCCAUCGAGGAGAAGACCAAUGCCAAUGCUCGCCAGGCCGGUCUGGCUGCUUUCCAGGCCAUCUGCGAGACCAUUGGCACUGCCGCCGAGCCCUUCCUGGUCCCCCUGCUGCCCGCGGUUCUUGAGCAGUGCGGCGACAAGAAGCCGGAGGUCAAGGCCGGUGCUGAGGCUGCCGCCAAGGCCCUGAUCAACAUCAUCAACCCCCACGCUGUGUACACCGUGCUGGGCUACCUGUUCGAGUGCAUGGACUCCAAGAAGCACCCCGCCACCAAGGAGGCCUCGCUGAACCUGGUUAAGGACCUGGUUGGCAUGCACCCCAAGCAGAUUACCCGCGCCCUGCCCGACAUUGUGCCCGCUGUGUCUGGCUGCAUGAACGAGUCGAAGCAGAGCGUGAAGGACACUGCCACCAACUGCAUGGCCGCCGCCUGCACCCUGGUCGCCAACCGCGAUAUUGAGGCGAUGGUGCCGCUGGUCAUCCGCUCCAUCAACCACCCUGCGGAGGUGCAGGACACCGUGCACAAGCUGGCUUCGACCACCUUCGUGCAGCAGGUGGAGGCCCCCGCGCUGUCCCUGAUGGUGCCGCUGCUGCUGCGUGGUCUGCGUGAGCGUGUGACCGCCAUCAAGCGUAAGGCUGCCCUGAUUGCCGACAACAUGGCGAAGCUGGUCGACAAGCCGGCUGAGGCCAUGGUGUUCCUGCCCCGUCUGAUGCCCGAGAUUGAGAAGGUGGCUGCUGAGGCCGCUGACCCCGAGCUGCGCAAGGUGGCUACCGGCGCCCUGAAGACCCUGCAGCGCAUUGAGCAGGAGGGCAAGGCCCAGCUGGCCAAGACCCUGGACAAGAGCGCUGCCCUGAAGAGCCUGCACGACCUGCUGGCCGCCUCCGCUGAUGGCAAGCUGGGCCUGGUGCCCGAGGCCUACCCCGUGCUGGACUACGCCGCUGCUCUGUGCGCCAACCUCACCAACAACAAGAACUUCGAGCUGGAGGAGUGGCGCGACAAUGUGCUGGGUGCCUACCUGGGCGUGUUCGUCUCCAAGGAGACCCUGGCCCCCAUUGCCAAGACCCUCUGCGACAAGUGCUUCGCCGAGGUGCAGGUGAAGAGCACCGAGUACUUCGAUGACGAGGAGGGCGAUGAGCUGUGCAACUGCGAGUUCUCGCUGGCUUACGGUGCCAAGAUUCUGCUGAACAACGCUGCCCUGCGCCUGAAGCGUGGCCGCCGCUACGGUCUGUGCGGCCCCAACGGUGUCGGCAAGUCGACGCUGAUGCGCGCCAUCGCCAACGGCCAGGUGGACGGCUUCCCGCCCAAGGACGUGCUCCGUACCGUGUACGUUGAGCACGACAUUGACGGCUCCCUGUCCGACCUGGGCUGCGUGGAUUUCGUGUUCGCCGAUGCUGACCUGCAAGCGGCUGUGUCCACCACCAAGGAGGAGGUUACUGCCAUGCUCGCGUCCGUCGGCUUCGACGACAACCUGAUCAACAAGGCCGUCGGCUCGCUGUCUGGUGGCUGGAAGAUGAAGCUGGCCCUGGCCCGUUGCAUGCUCAUGAAGCCCGAUAUCCUGCUGCUGGAUGAGCCCACCAACCAUCUCGACGUCUACAACGUUAAGUGGCUGGAGAACUACCUAACUGGCCUGAAGGAGGUGUCCGCCAUCAUUGUGUCGCACGACUCUGGCUUCCUGGACCACGUUUGCACCCACAUCAUCGACUACAACAACCGCAAGCUGCGCGUGUACAAGGGCAACCUCUCGGAGUUCGUGAAGGCCAAGCCCGAGGCCAAGGCCUACUACGAGCUGACGGCGUCGACGCUCACGUUCAAGCUGCCUGAGCCCGGCUACCUGGAGGGUGUCAAGACGAAGGACAAGGCUAUCCUCAAGGCCGACAGGGUCUCGUACAAGUACCCCGGCACGGACCGCCUCAUCUUCGAGGGCGCCACCGCCUACUGCACGCUGUCCUCGCGUGUUGCCUGCCUGGGCCCCAACGGUGCCGGCAAGUCGACCCUGAUCAAGGUGCUGACUGGCGAGGCUGAGCCCACCGCGGGCACUGUGUGGAAGCACCCCAACCUGCGCAUUGCCUACGUGGCGCAGCACGCCUUCCACCAUCUGGAGAAGCACCUGGACAAGACUCCCAACGAGUACAUUCAGUGGCGCUUCGCCCCCGGUGAGGACCGCGAGGCCCAGGAGAAGGAGACCCGCCUGACGGAGGAGGAGCAGAAGAAGCUGCAGGAGAACAAGGUGCAGAUUGGCGACGACCCCAAGGUCAAGCGCUCGGUGGAGAAGCUGCUGGCCCGCCGCAAGCUCAAGAAGUCGUACGAGUACGAGGUGCAGUGGGCCAACACGCCCGCUGACCAGACCAGCUGGAUGUCCCGCGACCAGCUGGUGGAGCUCGGCUACGAGAAGCUGGUCAACGAGAUCGACAUCAAGGAGGCUGCCGCGGCCGGUCUGUUCUCCCGCCCGCUGACCACUGCUUCCAUCCAGAAGCACCUUGACGACCUUGGUCUCGAGUCGGAGUUCGCCCUGCACAGCCACAUCCGCGGCCUGUCGGGUGGCCAGAAGGUGAAGGUGGUGCUGGCCGCUGCCACGUGGCAGAACCCCCAUCUGAUCGUGCUGGACGAGCCCACCAACUACCUGGAUCGCGACUCGCUGGGCGCCCUGGCUGGUGCCAUCAAGGACUUCGGCGGCGGCAUUGUCAUCAUUUCCCACCACAACGAGUUCGUGUCUGCGCUGUGCAAUGAGCGGUGGAUUGUUGGCGGCGGCAAGAUGGUGCGCGAGGGUGAGAACCUGAUCGCCAUCAAGGAGAAGGUGGAGAUCAAGGUCCAGGACGAGGUGAUUGACGCGUUUGGCAACACCAUCAAGGUGAAGGGGCCCAAGAAGGAGAAGAUGUCGAACAAGGAGAAGAAGGCGCUGGAGAAGCUGCGGAAGGCCCGCCGGGAGCGUGGCGAAGUGGUGACCGAUGACGAGGAGUGCUAAGCGCUUGGUAGAAUGCUACGGAUAGAUGUUGUGUGCAUAGGCUUCGCCGGCCCGGCGCCGCGCGAAUGCUGCUUUGCUGCUAGCAGGCUUGCCGUCACCUUAGGUGUAAGCGGUCUGUUGCCGCGGGGUCCAACCGGUGAAGGUAGCGUUCUUUUGCCCAGGCCGUGUUUCUGCUUUGCUGGAGGCGCUGCUGUGCGGCUGAGUAUGGUUGUGUCACAGUCGCACGCUGUGCUAAGGAUAAAGGCGAGGCAGAGCCGUGUAGGGGCAUUCGCUGCCUGUGAGGUGGCCCGUUGUGUAUAGGAAUGCAUUUUGCCCUUGUAGCUUAGGAGAGGAUGUGAGGGGGCACACGGUUGGUAUGUUUGCGCCAUCGCCGUUUACGUCCCAAGAUCGCCUCUCGUUGUCUGGUUCACCCUUUAGGCUCCUGCUUUGGAGUAUUGCUUUGGGUUUUGCCCAGGGGCAGGAGUUGCCUUGGCUAGCCCUGGUACGUGGCUUAUUUGAGAACUUGAGCGUUAGCGCAAAACUCUCUUCGUGACAUGUCGACGCCUGACGGGGUAUCUAUUUUACCUUCUGGUGGUCCGGUGCGCCACCAUCGAAUCCCUGAUACUAUAAAUGUAAAACCCUGGGGAAAUA